AUGCAACACUUUCUCGCCCCGGCCAUAACCUACGACCCCCCAUCCCUCCUCUACACCCUCCUAACCCAACCCAUCAAAACCCUCAUCCGCCUCCUAGACCUAACCUUCAGCACCCUCCGUCCCAAACCCAAACCCAACCAACCACCCAUACGAAUCGUCUGCAUAUCCGACACCCACUGUCUCAAAGCCCCCAACAUCCCCGACGGCGACCUCCUAAUCCACGCCGGCGACCUGGCUAACCUCGGAUCCGCAGAGGAGAUACAGCCGCAGAUCGACUGGCUGGACUCGCUGCCGCAUCGGCACAAGGUCGUUAUAGCUGGGAACCAUGAUCGCAUGCUUGAUCCGAGGAGUCGAGACACUUUGCCGCUGAAGGAUCGCUCUGUGGCCCUGAAGUUCAACAGCGGCAGACGGCUAAACAUCUACGGAGCUCCUCAGACGCCGGCGAGCAAAAAGGACGACCACGCGUUUCGCUACCCGCAGGAGUCUGACGCUUGGUCCGAGACCGUCCCGCGAGAUGUAGAUGUCCUCGUCACGCACACGCCGCCGAAGCACCAUCUCGAUCUCCCCAUAGCGCUGGGGUGCGAGUACCUUCUCAAAGAAGUCUGGGACGUGCAGCCGACGUUACACGUUUUCGGGCACAUUCACGCUGGUAAAUCUGACUUCGUUGGUCAACUGAAAGGCGGUCAGGAAGUAGUCCGAUGGGACGACGGUCAGCGCGCUCUUGAACGGGCACUCGCUCGCCCGGAUGGGCUUUUCAGAGGCAUCGUCGACCCGCGCAGCUGGCUAGACGUCGCGCGAGUCACGUACUACGGCAUCACGAACGUGCUUUGGGAGCAGAUCUGGGGCGGCUCGAGCCCGGCGUCCACGCGCAUGGUGUUGGCGAGUUUGAUGUACUGUAACUCGGGCGAACUCAGGAAUCCACCGCAGGUAGUCGGCAUCUAG